AAUUUCUCCUCACUCCAGUUCUAGAACCUGUUCAGAUCGGAGCUCCCAGCUAUUUCAAAUAAUUCUUUCAGUUUUUUUUUCUGCAAAAAAAAAAAAAUAAAAAGUUCGAAACUCAAAAAAGUAAAGUGAAAAAAAAGCGUUUAGUGACGGGAAUAAAUAGUGAAUAGUAAAAAAAAAACAAAAAAGUGUACCGAAAGGCAGUUAUAGCCGAGGAGGCACCCCCUCCCCCCUCCAUAUAACCCCCAGUGGAUAUUUGCUUUGUGAAACGAAGGUUGUUGGCACAGAUUUUCAACGCCUCCCCAUCAGCACUGCCUAGUAGCAAGUACUAACUUUUAAUCAGAGACUACCCAGUAGGAGGGACUACCUUAAGCAAAAACUAACUAGUAGAAGGCACUAGCCUAUUAUCAAAAAUGGAUAAAGAAAUGCAGGAUUAUGUCCAGAAUUUACGCUAUGCCGAGGAUGAACCUCUAAUCGAAAAUGAACCAAACGAGAAUGAACACUUUGAUGGAAAAGAACUUAAUUUCGAUGAUAAAUUCCCGGGCGAUAAUGAAACCGUUAACAGGGAUGAAUACCUACCGGAACCGGAACGUGAACCCCCAGCCGAGGGCUAUUACAUUGGUCAAGAGGAUAACAAGAGUGUUUUUGGGAAUGACUCCCCAUCCGGAGAUGAUUUCACAUCCGAUAAUGGUACACCAAGCUGGGAUAGAGUUUCGGGCUUCCGUAAACACUCAUCAGAGGACGAAUUCCUAUCCGAUGUUGAGCCUCCAGCUAACUAUGAGGCUGCCAACAGGGAUGAUCGUGACUACGAUGAUGACUUCACUUCCGAUAACGAUUAUACACCUGAUGAUGACCAUACACCUGAUGAUGACUAUACACCUGAUGAUGACCAUACACCUGAUGAUGACUAUACACCUGAUGAUGAAACCGUGAACGGGGAUGAACUUUCCAUUAAAAAUGAACGCCCAUACGAGAAUGAAUACAUGUUAGAUGAAGCCAAAGAUCAACCCGUAGAGGAUGAAACUGUAAUUGAGGAUGAACUUCCAGUCGUUGAUGAACUUCCAGUAGUUGAUGAACUUCCAGUCUUUGAUGAACUUCCAGUCUUUGAUAAACUCCCAGUAAUUGAUGAACUUCCAUACGAAAAUGAACUUCCAUACGAGAAUGAACUUCCUUACGAGAAUGUACUUCCAUACGAGAAUGAACCUACAUCCGAUGAUGAUAAUCUGGCAGACGAUAUAACCGUAAACGGGGAUGAACUCCCCCUGGAAAAGAAACCCAUAAACGGGGAAGAACUUGGUGUUCAUGUCACCGAUGCCUCAAGCGAUGAAUCUGAGAUCUGUGGGACAGAUGUUGUCACUAAUACUGACACUAAUACUGACACUAAUCCUGACACUAAUACAGAUACUAAGACUGAUAACACAGCCACUAAUACAGCUACUAAUCCUGUCACUAAUACUGCCACUAAAAAGGCCAAUUGGUUCCCCUCUCCACUACUAUUCUACGGUUCCUCUGAACAUGAUCAAGAAGAUAAACCGAAGCUGUCCACGACUCUACGCCGUACUGGGAGGACUUUGAAUUUUCUUGUACCGGGCGUGGCCAAAAGUCUGAAUGAACUGUCCACCAAUAGCAGAACUCGUCCCACAUUGCUGUUCAAGAUACUGCUGUUCCUCUCCCUGGUCUGGCUGCCUCUGUCCAUGGAAAUGGGUCCGAUAUUCGAGUUUCCCAUCAACUGGAAACAGACAUCGACCUUCCAUUUCAUGAAACGCCGUGUCAUAGCACUGAGCUGGCAGUCCAACUUCUAUCAUAUCCUGAUCCGAUCCAUCCUGGCAGCUAUCCUGCCCAUGUUCGCCAUUAUGAAGAUGCUGUCACCGGUAUAUAAUGGCAUUAAGAUUCCCCGUUCCGAUGGCACUCUCAUGGUGGUACACGUCAAUACCAAUGUCUACUCGAUCUGCAUGAUCCCGUACAUGCGUCGUGUGAUUGGGGACUUCUUCCGAUACGUAAGAGACAAUUGUAUCGCAUACAACUAUCUCGUGUUGGAAACUACCCAGUCAUACCACUAUCUCAGAUGCGUCAUCUUCCUCACGGUCCUGUUGCAAGUGAUCUUCAUCGUAGAAUUGGGCUUUUCGAUGUACCAGGGACUUAGAUGUAUCUUACGGGCAUAUAGAAUCUAUUGCAAGGUGGAGGGACGUGAUCCCAGGAAGAUUAUGCAUUUUGAAAAUGAUGGCCAUAAGUUCUUGAAAUUUUAUGAACCCUCUGAGGCGACAAAAGCGAUUUAUAUAGGACUUGCGGCCCAUAUCGAUAAGUUUUUUAAAGAAAAGGAGCAAAAAGAAAAUCAAGAAACAUCAAUCUAAUUACAUAAAUAUUUUCGAUUCUUUAUUUAUUAUUUUUAUGGUUUAUUACUUUCAACUCUACCAAGAAAAAUUAUAUUGGCAUUACAUGGAAUUACACAUAUUUGAGAUUUAGUCUGUGGUUAAGUGCGAACAACUCUUAAAUUUUAAGUAAUUAACUUUGAUGGUAGAAACCGGAUAUUGAUUACAUUUAUAAAGAAAUUCUACUUUAAUAUAUAUAUUACAUAUUUUACAGGUAAGUAGUUCAAUUUUCUGUACUUUUUAAUACAAAUUUAAAGCCAAAAAGCAGAAAUGAAAACAGAAACCCCCUAUUUAUGAGUUAUCCUACAAAGAAUAAAAGAUAUAUUAACUUUAUGAAUAGAUUCUCUACUAAAACUAUCUUUGGCGCAAGAUACCAGAUACUUAUGAUAGAUACCCUACUGGAAAUUGGCAAAUCCCUUCCAAAUUCAAGUUUUCAAUAUUAUUUUUAACAUAAUUCAUAUACUUAAUACAUAAAAAUAAGAAUUAUUUCAUUGGUAAGUACUUGAAUCCAAUUUCAACUGAAAGUUGACAUUUUUUUUCAAAGUUGGCAGGAAUAUCACCUGAAAUCACCUGAAAGAUAAGGCCAAGAAAGAGGCGUAUAACGGAAGAAGUGCGUGUACAGUGUACACCUUACUUAUAUGCUCCAUAUAUGUGAGCUUGUAUGCAAAAACAAAAUUAAGUUCAUAAGCGACUAAAUAAAUGCCAACAAUGGAAAAGCUCAAGAGCAGCAGCAGCAGAACACCAACAACAACAGCAACAACAACAAAGGCAACCAAUUUUAUGAAAGUCACAGUCAAGGUCAACAUGCGUGCAAAGCGAGAAAGAGAGAGAGAGAGCGACUGGUGUGUGCUGGCUGGCUGAAAGAAAGAAAGAACCGCAGAUCUGUUUUGUACGCUAGGGUGGACCAAGACUACAUAAAAGAUACAAUCUGUCUGUAACAUUGUAAUAAAAAUUUUUGUUUUUGUUUUUUUUCGGCCAACAA